AUACCCCAAUUUUUCUAAAACAAUACAUCAACAAGCAAUUCCAACUUCUUUCAAAAAUAGUUUGAUUUCUCUGAGUUUAUAACACUAAUUGGUAAAUUUUAAUCAUAAAAUCAUGGAUAACUCUCAGAAUUUGAGCUACCAAGCUGGUCAAGCCAAGGGCCAAGCCCAGGAAAAGGGUAACCAAAUGAUGGACAGGGCUGCCAAUGCUGCACAGUCUGCUAAGGAAUCAUUACAAGAGGCGGGACAACAAGUGCAGGCCAAGGCACAAGGAGCGGCAGAUGCAGUUAAAAAUGCUACUGGUUUAAACAAAUGAAAUUCUAAUCUCCAUUGCAGAGCCAGAUGGGCUCUUUUUUUUUUUUAAUCCCCUCUAAAAUAAUUAGAAAUUUUGUUGUUAUUUCAAAUUAGGAAAGCAAUUUCUCUUAUUUGGGAUUUUAGUAUUCUUGAGAGGAUUCUUAUUUCUGAAUUAAAGAAGAAAAAGAAAAAGUUGUGUAUAGGUAACAUUGUCACAACUUUCUUAAUUUCUUCUUUAUUUUAAUCUAAUAAAAGUGUUUGAUUUUGUUGAA